AUGGAUUCAACCAUCGCCAUCUGCACUAUGGACUCCUCCAUAGCUAUCACAGAGUUCAUAAUGAUCCUUGUCUGGACCUGCCUCGCCAACGCUUCGUAUCACACCACAAACAUACUGUAUGCUAAGUUCUUCACCUCCCUAGAGCUUAUCACCCAACUUGCCCAUGAGUCCGGCCUACAGUUUGCCCCUGGUCUUUUGGACAUUGUCCAAGCUCCCCUGCCCGUCACCAUUCGGUUUUUCAAAAGCCUUCCUGCCCCUCAGCUCGGUCAAUGGGGCGUCUACGUUAUUGUGCUUAAGAAGCAUGGUCACCGUCCCAAGGUCUAUAUUGGUUCCGGCACAUCCAAGUACGGCGUCCACACUCGGCUGAACCUGUACACCAACGGCCUGACCUAUAGGCUUCCUGUUGGUAUUGUGGCUGCUAUAGAAGAUGGGUGGAUGAUUACCCACCAAGGUCUUCUCUGCUGGAUUCUAAUGCCAGCCCCUGCUCUAUUUCCGCUUAAUCGCCUGCUAUUCCUUGCCCUUGAAGCCACUUUCGGUUUUGCAUUUUGGGCUAUGGAUUCGAAUAGGCAAUACGUUGCAAUGGACAAGGUCUGUCUUUGGCACCCCAGUGAUCUCGAAUACGACGGGAUCUGUUCUCAUUCAGCAUUGUCCGAAAGUGUUAGAGCCGACUUUGAUCUCACAGAAGAGGAACUAACAGCCCAUGCUGCGGAGCGCGAGAAGCGAGCCCGGGAACUCCAUGCUAUCAACGGUGCGAACUGGCAUUACGCGCAGAUGGCCUAUAACUACGACGAAUACUCAAGUGUUGCCUACGAAAAAAACCUGCGUCACAGGGCUGAACAUCCUAGAAGGCAUACGGCCCAAAACGCCAAGUACCGGUCACAGGCAGUUAUUGAGAAACGGUACCGUUGUGAGGAGUGUGACAUAUCAUAUACCUCAAUGGCCAUUCUCACGCGUCACUACAAGACAGACAAGCAUAAGGAUAGGCUGCUCGGCCUCAACAACAGCCACCCAUUUCGUUGUCACGUUUGCAAUUCAACCUAUCCCAGCUUUGUUAAUCUCUGCGUGCACAAUGAGUCUAAAACCCACAAGAAGAAUGUCGCAGCCGCUAUCGCUGCCGGUCAGACCGUUCAUCCCGACGCAUACAAGCUUCCUGCGCAUCGGACUAAGGGAAUCAACCCCAAGCAUAGCUACAUUUGCCAUGCUUGCACUUACAGUACUGAUCAACGCGAUACCUUCCUCCGCCAUCAGAAGUCACCAACACACAAGCAGAAAACAGCUGUUUUCGAAUCUGCCCAGGCUGCUGCUGAAGCGGCGGUCACUGCUGACAGUGUCGGCAUCUGA